AUGGCACCCAGAGUUAUCGUCGUUGGCGGUGGUCUUUCCGGCUUGAGUGCCGCGCACACCAUCUACCUCGCUGGUGGCAACGUUGUUGUUCUCGACAAGCAGGGCUUCUUCGGAGGAAACUCCACAAAGGCCACCUCCGGUAUCAACGGUGCCUUGACCCGCACACAGGUCGACACCAAGAUUGCCGACAGCGUCAAGCAGUUUUACGAUGAUACGUUGAAGUCUGCCCGUGACAAGGCCCGCCCCGAUCUCAUUAAGGUCCUCACAUACAAGUCCGCUGCUGCCGUUGAGUGGCUUCAGGAUGUCUUCAACCUGGACCUCACCCUCGUUUCGCGGUUAGGUGGUCACUCCCAGCCCCGUACACACCGUGGUCACGAUGCCAAGUUCCCCGGCAUGGCCAUCACCUACGCUCUCAUGCAAAGACUCGAGGAACUCGCCGAGACCGAGCCCCACCGAGUCGAGAUCAUCAAGAAGGCCCGCGUCACCGGCCUUAACAAGGAGGGAAACACCAUCACUGGUGUGAACUACGAGUUCGGCGGAGAGGAGCAGAGGCUCGACGGCCCCGUCGUUCUUGCCACUGGUGGCUACGCCGCUGACUUCGGCGACACCUCUCUGCUGAAGCAACACCGUCCCGAUACCUUUGGCCUCGCCACCACCAACGGCUCCCACGCCACUGGUGAUGGCCAGAAGAUGGUCAUGGCCAUCGGUGGUAACGGUAUUGAUAUGGACAAGGUCCAGGUCCAUCCUACUGGUCUGGUCGACCCCAAGGACCCCGGUUCCAAGUGGAAGUUCUUGGCUGCUGAGGCUCUUCGUGGUGAGGGUGGUCUCCUGCUGAACGCUGACGGUGACCGUUUCUGCGACGAGCUUGGCCACCGUGACUACGUCUCCGGUAUGAUGUGGAAGGAGAAGGACAAGAACAAGUUUCCUAUCAGACUUGUCCUCAACUCCAAGGCCUCAAACGUUCUUGACUUCCACACUCGCCACUACUCUGGCCGUGGUCUGAUGAAGAAGAUGAGCGGCCAGGACUUGGCCAAGGAGAUUGGCUGCUCGCCUGACCACCUCCAGAAGUCCUUCCAGACCUACAACGCCAUCGCUGAUGGCAAACAGAAGGACCCUUGGGGCAAGAAGUUCUUCCACAACCUGCCUUUCGACAUCAACGACACCUUCCACGUCGCCGUUAUGGAGCCCGUCCUCCACUUCACCAUGGGAGGUAUCGAGAUCAACGACAAGGCCCAGGUCCUUAACUCUGAGCAGAAGCCCUUCGACGGCCUCUACGCUUGCGGUGAGCUGGCUGGUGGUGUCCACGGUGCUAACCGUCUUGGUGGUUCCUCUCUUCUUGGCUGUGUCGUCUACGGCCGUGUUGCCGGUGACACUGCCAGCAACUACCUCUUCCAGCAGGCCCUCAGCGGCGCUGGUGGUGCUGCCGCCCGUAUGGGACAGAUCUCGCUGCACCUCGACCCUGCCCAGCCUGGCCGUCUGACGAUCGACUGGAACAACGCCGGCGGUGCUGGUGGCCAGGGCAUCCCUGCCCAACAGACCACCUCGGCGGCAGGCCCCACACCCGUCCAGAACGGACAGAAGGCCGACAAGCCCAACGACCCCAAGAAGUUUACCAUUCCCGAGAAGGAGUUCUCCAUGGAGGAGGUCGCAAAGCACAACACAAAGGAGGACCUGUGGGUCGUCGUUAAGGGCGUUGUGAUGGAUCUCUCCAACUGGUUGGAGGAGCACCCCGGUGGUCCUCAGGCCAUCAUGAACUUCAUGGGUCGUGACGCGACUGAGGAGUUUGAGAUGCUGCACGACGACGAGGUCAUUCCCAAGUACGCACCACAGCAGGUGAUUGGCCGCGUCAAGGGCCAGGAGCCAAGCUUGGAGCUGUAA